AGGAUACGUAACUAUAAAAAUUCUAUAGAAGCUCUUAAGAAUUGAUGUUUUAAAAUUUAUAUUUCAUACAACUAAAUAAAAGCAUAGCAAGAUGAUUAAUGCAGAUUUGGAACAAGAAUUGAUGAAUUCUUUAUUGACCGAUCCCCGUGUGGCGGUUAAUUUAUCGAAAAAAGAGAUUGGAGAUAUAGUCAACAAAUUCAUGGAAGAAAAUUAUUGCUGGGUUAAAAAAACUCUUCAAAUGGCAUUCUUAUGGCCCUACGACUCCGCCAAAAGAAAAUACGCUGGAAGAUUUUUUAUACUUUUCAACAUAGUACAUGCGUUUUUAUCGAAUACUUGGACAGUGACUCACAAAACUUUCCGAAAGCCUAUAGAUUUUGAAUUUUUAAUUGCUAAUCUCUUUGAGUGGAUGGUUGUGCUCGUUGUACUCAUGGCAUACACUUUAAUGAUAUUGAAAGGCCUAGAUAUGCAAAUAUUUUUCAAAUUAUCGACUUUGGACAUGGUAAAUAUAAUUGAACAGGAUGAAAGAAUCGAAUUAGAAAAGUGUAUUAGAAGGCAGUAUAAUUUAUCGCGUAUAUUCGGAGUUCUCAUCGCUGUAUCAUUCGUGGGAUUCGCCAUAAUGCCCGGACUUUUUCCCGUCAUCGGAGAAUUUUUAAUACCGUACUUGGAUGGAAAUUUUACAUUUAAAAAGACACUUUGCACAACUGCUGAUCUAAUUUUAGAUCGCGAUGAUUACUUUUAUCUUUGGUAUUUUUAUACAUGGGUAUACAUGGCGGUGCAAGCAACGGUUGUCAUAUCGAUUGCAAUGUCUUUUCUUUACAUCGUUUCAUAUACUGAAGGAAAAUUUAAUAUCGUUGGAUUAGGUUUACAUAAGUUAUAUGAAUUCACAUCAGCUGAUAAUUUUGUAAACAACAAAAAAGUGGAUGAUAAAAUUCAUGAAAUGAUGAGGGAGGUUCAUAUCAAUCAUUUUCGAUGCAUCGAGUAUUGCAAUCACGUUAAUCGUAUUUCAAGAAGUCUAUUGUUCAUCUUAUGGUCACUAAUUUUAGCAUCCCUUAGUUUCACUGGAUCUAUGUCAGUUAUACUCAUCCAUUCGAAUCUUAUAGUUUUUCUUGAAAUGUCAGUCUCGUUCGGCUGCGCUGUAUCAUUAGGAUUUUUUAUUAGUUAUUCAGGACAAAUAGUUACAGAUGCAAGUGGUUCACUUUAUGAAAAGGCAUACAAUUGUGGAUGGUACCAUUUUCCCAAGAGAAGCAUAGUUUAUGUACAGUUGAUGCUUGUAAGGUGUAUAAGACCCUGUGAAUUAAAUGCUGGGCCAUCGGUUAUUCGAUUAAAUUACGAAAGCUUUAGCGUCAUUAUGAAUACGGCAAUGUCUUACAUAACCGUGAUGGUAUCACUCGUUUAAAAAUAUUUGCACUUAGUUCUGAUGAAUUUCAAAUAAUUAACUAAAAUAAUAAUCGCACAUCAUUAUAAUUGAGUGGAGUGGAUUUAUUCUUAGAUUGAACUUUCAAAAGCAAGCAACGAAAAAAUUAUAUACUUUGCAUUUUUCAUUUUGC